AACAACGCCCAGAACUAGACUUGUAAAAAGAGCAGCAGCACAUAAUUAUAAACUAUGUUAAAAUGAAGCUCUCUCGAGUGGAACGUUGUUUUUAACACAGCCUUAUGGGACAUGUGAAUCACUUUUGAGCACGCCCUGGUGAAAAGAUCCUGCAAUGCCAUGGGCGUCCACGGUCUUACGACCUUCGUGGAGGGGAACAGACUCUUCCUUCUCGACGUGCGGUUCAGAGACAGCCGCCUGGUCAUCGACGGCAGCAGCCUGUACUUCAACCUCUAUUUGAAGCACGGCUUGGACCGGCGCCACGGAGGAGACUACGACGCCUUUGCCUGCGUGCUCUGUCAGUUCCUCUCAGCCCUGGAGGCCACUAACAUCCAGCCUUACGUGGUUCUGGAUGGAGGGACGGACCCCAGCUACAAGAAGAUGGACACUCUGCAGCAGCGUCUGCAGUCCAGGAUAAAGGAAGCAGAGAACAUGUCCCAGGGCCGCAAUGGCUCCGUGCUCCCCAUCCUGACCAGGGAGGUCUUCAUUCAGGUCCUCCGUCAUAGGGGGGUGCCCCUGGUCCAGUGUCCUGCUGAGGCCGACUGGGAGAUCGCCUGUUUGGCUCACCAGUGGAAGUGUCCGGUUCUGAGCAACGACAGUGAUUUUUUUAUUUUUGACCUGCCAGGUGGAUACAUGCCACUCAACUUUUUCCAGUGGACCAACCUCAGCGGUAAAGCGUCCCAGCGCUACAUUCCAGCCCGGUGCUACAACACAAGCGUUCUGUGCCGGUGCUACGGCGGACUGAACGCGGAUUUACUGCCGCUCUGCGCCGUUCUGACCGGCAACGACUACGCCACCCCGAGAGACGCCGACACCCUCCUGGCGCUCAUCGACGCCAGCGUGUUGGGGAGGAAUGGCGGCAGAGGGAAAGGUAAAGCCCCCUCGUCCCGCAUCGACGUCUUGCUCCGCUGGCUGUCGUCUUUUGCCGGUUCCGCCGAGGCCUUGGCGGAGGUGAGCCGGCUCAUGGGAGCAGGCAGGCUGAGUUCACAGCUGCAGGCGGGCAUGCAGGAGUACUACAUCCGCCCUCAAAGCCCCCUGGCCGGCUGGUUUUCCCAACGCAAGGCAGCGCCGGGAGGGCAGAAGUCGCCGUUACCCGAGCGGUUGUUGCACGCGGCGGCUCAGGGGCUUUUAGCGCCCCUUGUGGUCGACGCUGUGGUCACGCGCAGAGUGCUGCUCAACCCGCAGGUGGAGAACAGCAAGCAGCCCAGCAGCCACUGCAGCGCCAGAGCGAUACGCCAAGCCAUAUAUGGGAUACUACUGCUCCGGGGGGGUUCUGUUCCAGGCGCUCUGACCCAGACCGGGGGCAAAGGGCCCGGGAGAGUUCAACCCACUCCACAUGAAGGAUUUGGCAACGAUCAAGCCCACGGCCCGCCAACACACGUGUGCAGCACUCCCGUGUUUGUGGAGGAGUUGGAUCGACUUAACCUCGGCUUGAAGAAAAACCGAGUGCAGGCUCUGCUGCUGAAAUCACAUCUACACCUGGACACACUGACCCAGGAACCUGUCAAAAACCGUCUCAAUGCCCUUUUCGAGGUCUUGCGGGUCAACCAGUCUGCUGUGGCUAACGUCCCCCCGCAUUUGAGGCUGGCGGUUGCAGUAACAAGCUUCUGGCUCCAGGAGGCUGUACCCAGGCCUUCACAACCCCAGAUCCAGGCCUUGAUCCUUGGGAUGGUCUAUGGAGAGUUGGUCUCGAUAGACCAGAAUGGAACCACCCACUACCAACAAUCCGUCCCACAGCUCAACUGGUCUGCAGAGCGCGGCGUACUGGGUUGGCUGGACCAACACCGGGUGAAGUCCUUCAGACAAGGCAUGCCCGUCGCAGCGGCUCACAGUUUCAGCCAAUGGCAGGCCUGCCUGUGGAGUGCAGCGUGUCUGAAUCAGCUCUUAUUGCUGCCGUUGCCUGAGCUGCCCCUCGCAUAUUUGUUCAGCGGCACCAUGGCGCACGGUCUCCUCGCCUACCUGAAAGCGGGCGGUGCGGCCGAGAUCCUCCUGCCCGAGUCGUCCUUUUCCGGGCACCUCUACUCGACACUUUUACACGCCGUGAGAAACUGCAGCUCCAAGGCGCGCGCUGCUUCAGCGGGACCAGGGCGAGGCCGAGACGCAGCGCGAGGAAGAAGAGGGAGAGGAGCGGCGGCGCCAAGGAGAGGAAGAGGAAGGCGAGGGAAUGACGAGGUCAGGAACAGGUUUGCCGUUUUAGACAUCAACGACUAAUGGCCGUAAAUGAUGUGACCGAACGGGGAAGUGAGACAUGCUAUGAAACUAAUUUUGUAGUUUUGAUGGCGGAGUCGCUCCAAUCAACAUUUUGCAUGAAUAAGUGAAAAGUCAAUUAAGGAACGACAAGGUGCUCCAUGUGCAAAACUUAUUCCCAACCUGCAGAAUAUCAUGGCAAACUUACCAGGUACUAUGUACAUUUUUAAAAAUAUUAUUGAACAAUUUAUUUCCCGUGAAUUUAUUUGAGUAGAAAACAUGCAUCUUAUUCAAUUCAAGCUUGAUGAAAAAAAGGAUAGAAAAAAAAAAGUUUCUAAUAAUACAAUCACAUUUAAUUAAAUUGAAUUAAACUGCUUUGGGCCCCAGUUUAGAAUGUAUUAAUCAGCAUGCAUCAAAGGUACUUUUUAACUGAUAUCAUAUAAAGGCAGGCCUGGGCAAUUAUUCUGACUCGGGGGCCACAUUUAGAGAAAAAAAAGUGUCUAGGGGCCGGUAUAUCUAUAUUUAGGAACACUAAUACAAAACCUCCCAAUAAUGUCUGAUUGAAUGCUUAAAAACGUUAUGACAGACUGCCUUAAAAAAUAUAAUGGAAUUUUUAAAUUUUUCUAUGAACGAUAAAACACUGAAUAUUGACAAAAUAUGAACGUCACACCCCCUUUCGAUCGACAUAUUUUACAAUCAAGUGAAACGCAACAAACAGUGAAAUAUGAACGCGAAGGGUACAAAAUAAACCCACCUACAAUCUGAUAUAUCUGAUAUUUGCUGAAUUUCCCCCAGGGAUCAAUAAAGUACUUUCUAUUCUAUUCUAUUCUAUAUAUCACCAAGCUUUAGAACUUUGUUGUGAAAAUCUCCUUCCGCUUCCCGCCCACACUGCUUGGUGCCUCGUCCGAGCUGCUGUGACGUAGAUUACCAUAGUAAUUAAUUAGAUGACCAUAGUAACUAAUUAGAUGACCAUAGUAACGAGUAUAUCGUCCAUAAGCGCAGAUUCCAACCAUUGAAAUACUUUGUGUAGUUGAAGCCUUACGGUCAUUAGAAAAUAUCACUGCACAUAAUAAUGGCAGCUACACUUUACAUCUUAAAGAUCUAAAAAAAAAAUUUUGGGGAUGUCCGGCGGGCCAGAUUGAAAAGCUCAACGGGCCGCAUGUGGCCCCCGGGCCUUAAUUUGCCCAGGUCUGUAUAAAGGUGUAGAUCAGGGGUCUCAAACUCAAUUUACCUGGGGGGGCCACUGGAUGCAGAAACUGGGUGAGGCUGGGCCGCAAGAAAAGAUUUCUUUAAAAAAUCUAACGUGCACUUUUUAAUGAAUUCACCUUCUUUGAAUGGCUUUCCCGCCCUAGCAACAUACUUGCCAACCCUCACGAUUUUUCCCGGGAAACUCCCGAAUUUCAGUGCCCCUCCCGGGGCAACCAUUCUCCCGAUUUUCACCCGGACAACAAUAUUAAAGGCCUACUGAAAUGCGAUUUUCUUAUUUAAGCAGAGCAGGUCCAUUCUAUGUGUCAUACUAGAUAAUUUCGCGAUAUUGCCAUAUUUUUGCUGAAAGGAUUUAGUAGAGAACAUCGACGAUAAAGUUCGCAACUUUUGGUCGCUGAUAAAAAAAAAGCCUUGCCUGUACCGGAAGUAGCGUGACGUCACAGGUUGUGGAGCGCCUCACAUCUGCACAUUGUUUACAAUCAUGGCCACCAGCAGCGAGAGCGGUUCGGACCGAGAAAGCGACGAUUCCCCCAUUAAUUUGAGCGAGGAUGAAAGAUUUGUGGAUGAGGAAAGUGAGAGUGAAGGACUAGAGGGCAGUGGAAGCGAUUCAGAUAGGGAAGAUGCUGUGAGAGGCGGGUGGGACCUGAUAUUCAGCUGGGAAUGACUAAAACAGUAAAUAAACACAAGACAUAUAUAUACUCUAUUAGCCACAACACAACCAGGCUUAUAUUUAAUAUACCACAAAUUAAUCCCGCAUAACAAACACCUCCCCCCUCCCGUCCAUAUAACCCGCCAAUACAAAUCAAACACCCGCACAACACACUCAAUCCCACAGCCCAAAGUACCGUUCACCUCCGCAAAGUUCAUACAGCACAUAUAUUUCCCCAAAGUUACGUACGUGACAUGCACAUAGCGGCACGCACGUACAGGCAAGCGAUCAAAUGUUUGGAAGCCGCAGCUGCGUACUCACGGUACCGCGUCUGCAACUCAAAGUCCUCCUAGUAAGAGUCUCUGUUGUCCCAGUUCUCCACAGGCCAAUGGUAAAGCUUGACUGUCAUCUUUCGGGAAUGUAAACAAUGAAACACCGGCUACGUGUUUGUGUUGCUGCAGCCGGCCGCUAAUACACCGCUUCCCACCUACAGCUUUCCUCUUUGCUGUCUCCAUUGUUCAUUAAACAAAUUGCAAAAGAUUCACCAACACAGAUGUCCAGAAUACUGUGGAAUUUUGCGAUGAAAACAGACGACUUAAUAGCUGGCCACAAUGCUGUCCCAAAAUGUCCGCUACAAUCCGUGACGUCACGAGCUAAAGUCAUCAUACCGAGACGUUUUCAGCAGGAUAUUUCGCGGGAAAUUUAAAAUUGCACUUUACCGUAUUGGCAUGUGUUGCAAUGUUAAGAUUUCAUCAUUGAUAUAUAAACUAUCAGACUGUGUGGUCGGUAAU